CGCUGAAGCAGCGGGGUAAGAUGGCGGCCGCUGGAGGGAUGGGAAAGCUCCUUUUGUUGUAAACCUGGAUAAUUCACGAAAAACCCGCCGGCGAGAGCACGGAGCGGUAGCACAGAGGCGGAUUUGAGCAGCCAGGCGCCUCUGUUAGUCGGCAAAAUCCUCCCGUUUGCAGGGAUGGCCGAAGACGACAAGGAUUCUAAACCCACCGCGCAAGAUGCAGAUGAAGAGUCAGAAGACGACUCUAAUGGGGCAUCAGAAGCUGCCGUGUUGGAGGAAUGCCAAGAAAAAAGCAAACCGAGCAACGUGCAGGAGGAGGCCUCGUUCCUGCCCGAGGAGCUCUGUGCUGGGCAGAUGAUCAUUUUGAAAGCUUUGCAGCAAGUUCUUGGAAGCAGCGACGGCAAGGCGGGUCGUCCCUGUGCCAUGGGUUCCAAACAGAAAAGGUCAAAAUUAAAAAAGACUUGCAAGAACAGAAAACCCCCUGGCACGGCGGAGGAUAAGCAGCUCAAUUCUGAAAGUGAAGAUUCUGUACGUAUGCAGCGUCAUUCUAUCCCUGAAACAGCAGAGAGUCUGCUGUCCAGUCUUAACAGUGCAUUGAAUUAUCUCGAAAGGACCUGCAACACAAUCUCUUCAGAGUCUUGCCUGAGGUCAGACGGAGUGGAGAGCCUGCAUUUUGGAGAUCUGUAUGCAGACGAAGAGAUGGCUGAAGCGGAGCUCAUUGCCGAGGUGCAAGUUGGGGACUUGGAGUCUUUUUGUGGCGGACGUCCAGGAAUCUUAAGAAGGCGUCAACACUGGAGGUUUCAGAAGUCAGUGUGCCUCAGCUCCUCGGGACUGCAAAGAGGACAAUCUGGAGUGUAUAAAAAGGCUUCACCCCUGCUAUCAAAAAUGGGGGUAUCCCUGGAGCCUGUUGGCUGUCCAUUGAACACUAAGCGGUUUACUACAAGGACAUUAGACAGAACUAUGUUGAAAACAAAUUGCAGCGAUGUACAUAAACCACAUGUUGCUCAGUUAAGAGCUCCAGGCAGACCUUCACUGCUGGAUCAUCCUGAACUACACCCCAAAUCUGUGCUACCCGGACCUCCCUGUAUUGUGACUGAUCCAACUAAUAUCUUGUCAAUGUCUAGGGUGCAAGAUACCCUUGGCUCUAGCAGGACUACCCUGACAAAAGAGAAUUCUCAAGCAAUUCUUAAAACUACACCUGAUGCUUUAGUGAUGUGUGGACUGGCACUUGGAAAUGGCACCGAUGUUUCAGGUACACGGCAAAGACCUCUUGGUGGAGAAGGUUCAACUUCAAAUAACCAGCAUUCCCAGGUCCCCAGUUCAUUAGAAAAAGCAGAUUCCAGCUCAUCCUCGCCAUCGUCAUCACCAUCGUCGUCGUCAUCCUCUUCCCAUAUGCCAGUAUUGUCCGCUGGUGGAGGUGGUACCCAGUCAAAUAGGUCCCAGGAUCCGGAUAUUUAUGACCCCUUCCACCCUACUGAUGAGGAAAAUGUGAAUGGAGAUUAUCUGUAUACAGACUCUCCGGACAAAGAAACAGAAGAGCAAGAGGAUCAAAAAUAUGAUCCAUUUGAACCUACAGGCUCUAACCCUAGUUCCUCCGAGUGCAGCCCAUCUCCUUAUGAGGAUGACGAUGAUGAUGAUGGAAGCGAAUCCCAACACGAGGGUCGGAUCUCUGAAGCUCUGGCUGGUAUUUAUGAUGAUAAUAGUUUGAGUCCAGAGUGUCUCGGCGCUGGAAAAACAAAGGAAGGUUUUCAGGCUGGGGAGACUGGUAAGCGCCAAGGGGCAGAAGACCAAGAGGGCAAGUCUGCAUUCGAGAGUAAUAAAAGCGAACAGAGACUUUCCAAAGAGCCGUCUGACUCUUCUACAGCCGAGAAUGCAAAUCUGGCCUUUGAGCCCUAUAGUCCUAGCUCCAGCUUGGAUAUGGAUAGGGAAGAUGACGUAGAGGAAGUUUCUAGAGCCGCUUCAGAGGAAAAAAGUGUUAAAGAACCGCCUGUUGCCGACUCAACGCUAGAUGAAGCAAGUCCAUCGAAGUUGUUGCCCGAACCCAGGAGAAGAGUCUUCGCGGUUGAUGUUGGUAAAGAUUAUAUAAGAAAAUCAGAGUUUGACUCUGCUUCAGAUGCUAAGUCAAAGCUGGAGAUCAAGGUUUCGCUGGAGUCUAUAGCAAAACCAGAUGUGAAGUCCUAUCUGAGGAUGGAAAAAAUUGCCAAACUUGGAGGAGAGUCCCGAUCCCGCCACAGACAGAAGCAUACGUCUGAAAAGAGGGACCGAGGGGAUGAUUCUGACCGAAAUUACGAUUCUGAAAUUGAAGAAGGAGAGAUAGUUCAGCCAGAAGAAGAUUGCUUUAGCCCUAUGCCUUUGUUUCGGAGCCGGUGCCGUGUCAUGGAAAGAUCCCUAAGAGUGGUAGAAGGGGAUGAUUUUCUUUCUCUGCAUGCAGAUUCAGACGAAGAAGGAGCUUUGCAAAUUGACUUUGGAGAAAAUCAGGGGGAUAGCAGGUGGAAGGGGCUUGAUUUGAGAAGGAAGAUCACAAACCAGCGGAGAGAGAGAUACCGGAAAAAAUCAGAAUCCCCACCGAAGCCCAAGAAGCAAUCUAAAUCCCGCUCUCCUUCCAGCUCCCGUAGUCGUAAAAAGGCAAAAAGGGAACGGAAGAGAUCGAGGGAACGGAAGAGAUCAAAGGAACCAAGAACAUCGACUGCAUCGUGGUCAAACACAAAGAAAUCAAAAGACCACAAGGACCGCAAACGUUCCCGGUCACGCUCUCAGAAUAAGACUUCACGUUCUCGUUCUAGAGACCGUAGAAGAUCACGAUCUUGGUCGCCCUCGAUCAGCACCAGCAUCUCUGUCGUAGACUCUUCCCGUACGUCGGCCGAGAGACGGAAAAGCCAUAGAUCUAAGUCAAAGGAGAAAAGACGUCACUGGUCUCGGUCUGUCAGUACCGAGCGGUCUCGUAAGGAUAAGCAUAAAGAUAAACACAGGACGGAUGGAAAGAAAAAGAAAAAAAGAUCCCGUUCCCGAUCGAGAGAGAGAGACCGCAGGUCCUUGCAUCAGUCAGAUGACAGGAGGGAUAAGGAAAAGGCAAGAACGAGACAUCCGUUAGAUGAACCAAAGCACGAAAAUCCGUCUUUACUGGACAGGAGGAGACGGGACAGUCGGUCAGUGGUUCCGCCCUCUAUACAAGAUCUUAAUAAUUCUGAUCUAUUUACUAUUAAAAGAACAAUUACUGUGAACCCAGAGGAAAAACUGGAAGAUCGCGAGGACUUGCUAAAUACCCCUGAAGUUUCCGGGAAAAGAGAAGUUCUCUACGAUUCAGAAGGACUUAGUUUUGAAACCUAUUCUGACCGUGAAAACAUUGACGACCGGGACGGGAAGUGCAACCGAGUGUUUGAAAGACACUCUGGAAAGUCUGACAACAACAAGAGACGCAUGCCCAUGGACUUUGAGAAGAAGCGGGUGGAAGAGGAACGAGAGAGCCGGCAAAGGGCCAGCAAAGACAGAGAUCGAAAAAGAUCUUACACCGAUGAUAGUCGCGAUAGAUAUAAGAAAAGGUUCAAAGAUGUGCCUGAGCCAGAACCUGAGCCUUUAAAGCUGGAGAAAGAGAAGCUACGUCCAGAAAAGGAUAAAACGUCCAAAAAACUGAAGGUCAGCCAUAAGGAGGGUAAGGGGACUUCUGCCAGAAAGGUCAAACUCCAAUCCAAAGUUGCCGUGCUGAUCCGAGAAGGGGUGAGCAGCACCACCUCUGUAAAAGAAGCGGGUUCUAUCGGUGUCAAAUUCAGCCGUGACCGCGAGAGCCGGUCGCCGUUCCUAAAAUCGGAAGGAAAGAUCCCGGAAGUUAAGAGUGUACGGCCUAAACUCGAAUUAACAAACACAAAGGAACCCAUCGUGAAGCCCAAGAAACUGAAAGGCUUAAAAACUAAAACUGGUGUCAAAAAAGUAAAGCCUGCUGCCUCUGCCGCCGGAGUCCUUUUGAAACCAAAGGGAACCCUUGAAAAGAAGAAGAAAAAGCUCAAGGUCAAAGCCUCCUUGAAGAAGUCCAAGGCGGACAGUUGCAGCAAAGAGUUGCCCAGCCCCAUCCAAGCCGCAGAUGAACCCAUAUGGUCUGACACAGAGAAGAGUGAGAGCAAAGCGAAGCCCCCCAGCCCUCCCAAGCCAGCUAUCGAGCAGGAACUCACGCCCGAUUCACAGACCGUGGACAGUAGCUGCAAGACUCCGGAUGUUAUAUUCAUUCCGGAGGAGCCUCUGGCUGAGCCGGAGAGAGAGAUGGAUUUGGAGUUGGACAGCAUGUCUGAGCCCAAGGAAGAAACCCCCCGGCCGCCGCCACCUCCGCCGCCGCCUCCUCCGCCUGCUCCGGUGUCCUGGAACCUUCAGACUGGAGUAGACUGCACCACAAGCGGUGUUCUGGCAUUGACGGCUUUGCUGUUCAAGAUGGAAGAAGCCAAUUUGGCAAGCAGGGCGAAGGCGCAGGAGCUAAUACAGGCCACUAACCAGAUUCUCAACCAGAGCAAGCCAUCUACCUCCUUGGUUUCACAGCCACCCCCACCUCCCAUGAUGUCCUCCAUCGGCCAUUCGACCCAGCCAUAUCUUCUUCAUAGCAGCCUGCCUCUCAGCAGCAACUCCAGCCCUCCGACGCCGACCGGCGUCUCUGUUCUAAGCUCCCAGUCGAUCCCUGCUUCCACCUCUAGCACCUUUUUCAACACUACGUCUGUUGCGGAGCUGGGGAAGAAGGAAGGCAGCAUCAGUUCUGAGGGGAGAGGUGAAACUGACAAGUACCUGAAGAAGCUUCACACUCAGGAACGAGCUGUGGAGGAGGUGAAACUAGCUAUCAAACCUUACUAUCAGAGAAAAGAGAUCACUAAGGAAGAUUACAAAGAUAUUCUGCGGAAAGCUGUGCAUAAGAUCUGCCACAGCAAAAGCGGAGAAAUCAACCCGGUUAAGGUGAACAAUCUAAUCAAGGCGUACGUCCAGCGCUACAAGUACUUCCGGAAACACGGGAAGAAAAUGGAGGACGAUGAAAGUGGCGGUUACCGCAGCGGAAAGGACUCUGGAACUGUGGAUAAGGCUAUACCUCCUUUACCCAUCAUCUGAGCCAGACGGACUGUACUCCUUUCACGUAAACCGGUCAACCUAAAAUACAUUUUUAAUCACUAGUUUAAAAAAAAAAAAGAGGGAAGUAAAGCUUUUAUGCAAAUACUCGUCGAACUUUAGAAUUAACUUAGAAAUGAAAUCUAUGUACGUGGCCCGUUCCGAUCUUCCCUUUUUCCUCCGCCAGCACUGUUAAUAGAGCAGCCACCCCAGGCUCUGGGGCGAUAACCACGUCUUUGCUAGAUAGAAGUGCACAGAUUUUUUUUUGUUUUUUUUGCUGUGCAGUCUUUUAAAUAGUAAACGGUCUAUUGUAAAUAUAAUUCGGCUUCACCGAUCUGCAGAUCUAUUAUUCAUAUUUACCCAGUUUUAAUUCUAACACCAUCACGUCCUAAUUAUUAUUAUUAUUAUUAUUGAUAUAUCUAUAUUUUUUUUUUGCAUGAUUUGCUGUCGGACGUCCAUCACCAAGGUAGCAGGUCCUUGUUAUAAUCUAUUGCUGACUCCAUAUUGUUAGCUGUAUUAAAAUGCGAUCCUGUAAACGGUUUCUGCUUACUUUCUUUUGUAAAGGUCUAUUGUGUUUUUUUUCAUUUAAUUUUCUUCUUCCAGUUGUGUAUUGAUGGUGGAACUUUGUUGUGUGUUUAAGACAACUUUACAGAGGCCCUGUACUUUCAGAUAAAUAUAUUGAAUUAGCAA